GAUCAGAUUGCCAUCCACAACGCUCGAGUUAACAAGUGCGCUAAACCAUGAAUGGGUUAAUAUUGCUACUGCUUCUUGUGGCUUUAGCCACCCCCGGUGAAAGCUCAACAUACACCUGCGAUUCGAGAAACCCGUGCAUCCUCAAGGACGUAAUCCUAGAGUCGGAAAGUGACAUCGAUUCGGCAGUGUUUCCAAACAUCAAAGAUCCACUAAUCAUCACGUCCGGAAAUAUCCCAAACUUUUCUCGAAAGUUAGCAGAAAAGUUGAUCACCAUAACCGAUUUAACGGUGAACGGUUUACAGUGUGAGACCUUUUUCAUCCGACCGGAAAUGAUCCACGUUGAGGCAAACAAUAACCGCAUUCAUAAAAUCCUGGUGGAUAGUGACGAAAAGCAGACUUACAAAUUGAUGUCGCUCAACCUGACCAGCAACAAGCUGACCGAUGUGUCGGUGUUGCAACGAUUCACGCAACUGAGAGUGCUGAACAUUAACGUUAACAGUCUCGAUCGUCUAUCGAUGAACACGUUCUCCGGGAUGAAAGAACUGCGCCACCUUUCGUUGGCCAACAAUCAACUGGAGACCAUUGAAACAGACGAAACUUUCCAACUACUGAAACUGCGUUAUCUUUCACUGGCGGGAAAUAAAAUAUCAGAGCUGAAUAUAGAAAAGUGGGAGCUGCCCUCCCUGGAAGAUCUUGAUCUGAGCAGGAAUAACUUAUAUGUGAUGAGUGGAGGUUUGAAUCAGUUUGGAAAUUUGAAGAAGGUCAAAUUGUCGAGAAACUGGUGGAAGUGUGAACUUCUGUCAGAUAUAAUCCAUGCAACAAAAGCACAAUUAGAUUCGGAUCCAUCAGACCGAUGUAGUAAAGAGAACAUGCCCAGUAAACAAGGCAUUUGCUGUCAUCAUGACGCCACCAACUAUUUGAGUGCAUCCGAUGAUCUAGGUCUGUUCAGCGAUAAGUGGAAAGAACUUCGAGAGCUGCAACAGACGGUUCAUCUCUUGAAUGAUGCAUUUACUAAAAAUAACGAACAAAUCGCUAACGAAAAAGCCUCCAAAACCGCUAGUAUCGAGGAGCGUUUAGGUGUGAUCGAAAAAGAGCAGAAAAAGCUGUCCGAAAGACUUGAAGAAAAAGAUUCGCGAGUAGCCAUAGAUGAAACUGCCGAACUGAGGGAUGUGGCUGCAGACCAUAAACAUUCGAUCACAACACUGGAAGAAAAACAAUCGCAGCUGAGCUCCGAUUUGGAAACUUUGGUCGAACGUUUAAACAAAAUAUAUGAGAGGAUAGACCGAAACUCGGCGAAUAUGGAAAGUGUUACGGGAAAAAUCGCCGCACUGGAAAAAGCGGAGCUUGAGCGAUCAACUCCUUCGGAGCCCCCAGCAAGCAGCUUGUCAAAGCUGGAAAAAUCGAUUCAACAGUUGGAGAGUCAACAGCUGAAAUACCAUCUGUCCAGUAUUGAUCUAAAGAGACAAAUCGACGAGGAACGGAAACGCAACAAUGAAUUUCAAACACAUUUGAAUAGCCUGAAAAAGGAGAAUGAGAUACUUCGGAAUGAAGUUUUGAUAGCUCGUGAUAACAUUCGAAUUGCAUUCAAGAUUUUAGAUGAAAUUUCUCUCAUUGAGGAAUGAAACAUCAAUUAAAAUUACUAAUUGAAACAAA